UUCCGACUUCCCUUCCCGCCCGGGCCGGCUCCCUCCUCCCGGACACCCGCGGCCCCCCAGGAGGGGCUGCCCCUCCCUGGGGUGACCAUGGCCGACCGGGCGGCCGCCGAGCGGGCUUGCAAAGACCCCAACCCCAUCAUCGACGGCCGCAAGGCCAACGUGAACCUGGCAUAUCUGGGCGCCAAGCCUCGCAGCCUGCACACGGGGUUUGCUGUUGGUGUGCAGCAGCUACAACCCACCUUGAUCCAGCGGACCUACGGGCUGACGCCCCACUAUGUCUACCCAUCAGCCAUCCUGCAGCCCAGCAUGGUGAUCCCGGCCACCCCGGUCCCGUCCCUGUCCUCGCCCUACCUCGAGUACACGCCCGCGCACCCAGCCUACGCCCCGUACCCACCAGCCGCCUAUGACCAGUGCCCGUACGCCGCCUCACCGGCCUCGGCCUCCAGCCUCGUGGGCUACAGCUACCCCGCCACGAUGCCCCCCUCACUUUCGGCCGCCGCCCCGGCCGCCGCGGCCUUCCUGCAGUACCAGGCGCCCCAGCUGCAGCCCGACCGGAUGCAGUGACGCGCCCGUGGGGCACCCGCCCGGGGGCUGGACGACCCCCCCCACCCCCGCCAGCCAUGCCGGGGGUGCGCACCCCGCCCUCGUGGGGACUUUGAGACUUGUGUUCUGUCGCUGGGCGGCGGUGGCCGAGCCCGGGGGGCACCCGGGCCCCAAGGCGGGUGAGGCCCCAGUCGGGAUGCAGCAGCCUUCAGGGGUACAGGAUGGAACCCCCUCCCGUGUCCUGUGAUCUGCAGCCAGGACGCUGUGUACCCCGCGGGGGGGGGGCACAUCGUCCCCCACGGGGCUCCACGCCGAUGCCGACACGGCGCGGACUCCUGGCCGAGCAGCUGCGCCCGCACACCUACCUCAGGGAGCCGCGUGCUGCCGCGCUGCCCUGCCGCUCCGGCCGCCUGCCCGCCAGGCCGGGAGCAAGGUAGCUGUGGCCAUUCCCGUAUUUUAUUAGACCGGCAGGGGAUAACAAUAAAGCUCGUUUUCUUCA